UUCUAGUACUUUGGAGAAAUCUAACUUAUAUCAGAUGUUUAAUGUUUUUACAAGCAAGGCUAGCAGUAAUAUAUCAGAUGUUUGAUGUUUUUACAAGCAAGGCUAGCAGUAAUACAUCAGAUGUUUAAUGUUUUUACAAGCAAGGCUAGCAGUAAUAUAUCAGAUGUUUAAUGUUUUUACAAGCAAGGCUAGCAUUAACUACCACAUAGGGUAAAUGAGCGAUGAAGAGAGCUCGUUAUCAGGACUCUCAGAAUCUGUGCAGUUCGAACAAGACUUACUAGAAGCUCAGUAUUCAACCAAGAACUUUGAAGCAAAUCCCAACAACCCUUAUAUUUACUCUCUUAUCCUCUACCCUCAAGAGGUACCUUACUACGUGUCAGUGAAACUGUGUUUUGACGCUGCUCCUCCGUACCCUAAGAAGUCCCUGAAAUGUACUGUGAAGAACAACACGAUAGGUUUAGAGCCAGGAAACCACCUGGGUCUCACGGAGCACCAGAUCAAGGAGCUGCAGGACACAGUGGACAAGUGUUCGGAGGGGGCCCAGAGGGACAGUGACCUGGCAGUUGAUAGGGUGGUGGACCUUGUUAAGCAGUAUUUGUACGAUAACAACAAGAAGAGUUAUUCUUUACAUGAUGAUAUGGAGAAAACUAACAAAGAAGAGCUCGAGAUCAAGUCAAAGGAGUCCAAUCUCAUUGUGAUUCAGGGUAAAACAUGUGAAAAGAGGUAUCCUCCUUGUAUUCAAGCUGGUUCGAGGUUGCAGAUUUAUAAGGACCCUUUGAGCACAGGAAACAGUUUCUGCUUUAACAUCACAUGUCUAUCUGAAGCUACAGACCAGGGCGUUUUCAAUGCUUUUGAUGAAAAUUAUAAACUUCAUCUCGUCCACGAGUACAUUCUUGAUUUGUCCUCAGUUAAAUUAAAAACUGAGCUGCAAGGUAUCCAAAAAGAAUUCUCUCGAACCCAAAAGCUGAACAGUCAUGCCAGUGUAUUGAAGUACCUGGGUCUCGCCUGCAAUGUAUCAAAUGUCAGUAACGUUGUCCAUGUCCUAACUGGUGACGCCUUGCCUCUUUCAGGGUUUACAAAACCAUAUGCGAAUAGCAAACAACUUGCUAAAGAGGUUGUGUCGGGGUUACAGUUCCUGCACAAUCAAGACAUAAUGCACGGUCUACUGUCUGUUGAUUCUGUGUUUGUGAGCAGGCAGGGACGACACUUGAUCGGUGAAUACGGAUUCUCCAAAAAAUUGUUGCUGAACAGUUUAAAAACACCGUUUAAGAAGUUUUCCCUAAAAUAUCCGGAUGCAGUUAAAGAAAGUGGACGGUACCUGGACAUUCUGUUGCUGGGUCAUCUCAUUUACCACGUCUCUGUAGGUAGAAAACCUGACUCUGCCUAUCCUUCUCCACCAUCCCACUUAGAACCUCACCUGCUGGACUUCAUUAAGCAAUGUGUGACCGAGGAUAAAACGUGCAGAGCUACACUUGCAACGUUAGCAUCACACGAUUUCAUCGGAGAACAGAUGCUUCACAUCACGGAUAAUGUGGAGGAACAAAACAUGCAGUUCUCCACUGGAACAGGGACCGGGACAUUAGAAGAGGGUUCAGAAGAUGAUACAGAGCAGCCCUGGAUCAGGUCCAAUAGACUUACGAAUGAGUACGACGUUAAAGGCGUACUUGGGAGAGGUGGUUUCGGCAGCGUUAUCAAAGUGCGCAAUAAAAUUGACGGUAGUUUUUAUGCCAUGAAAGUGGUGCAGCUCUCUAGGUCGUCUAAAAAUGCUAUAGAGUCAAUGAGGAAGGAAGUGAAGCUGCUGUCCCAGUUGAAGCACAAUAACAUUGUCCGCUACAAUAGCGUGUUUAUUGAGAGUCAAAUGAUAAGGGAUCCACUUGACAGCAGUGAUAAUACAGCAAGCAAAGCGUCUGAUAUAUCACAGACAGGAUCCUCCUCCUCCUUCCCGUCCUACUCUUCAGAGGGGUCCGGGGAUUGGGGUGCGGAGAUGUCGUUCCAGCCCUCCAAAGCAGAUAUUAGAUCACGUUACCACGAGGAUAUGUCCGACGAGAGCGAAGAGGAGUCCGAGGAUGAUUCAGACGACAUCGUAUUCGAGCACUCGUGUAAACCGUCAGGAGUGGAGACGUCUCAGGCUUCAGAAAACGAAACGGAUUCUCCGUCUUGCUCGGUAAUUGUGAUGUUCAUUCAGAUGGAGUUUUGUGAAAACACUACCUUGAGAACACUGAUCUGCAAUACGAAACUAGAUCCACCUCUUUACAAAGAUCCAGAUCUUUUUCUCAGACUUCUCAGGCAAAUAGUUGAUGCUCUAGAGUACAUCCAUUUCAUGAACAUUAUUCAUCGGGAUCUAAAGCCGGAGAACAUAUUUUUAGACGCUAAAAAUGAUAUAAAAAUUGGUGAUUUUGGGUUGGCUGUUAGUGGUAGUCACGGUCGAGGCGGACCUAACUCAGUGGUUGGGACCUCUCAUUACAUUGCUCCAGAGAUCAGAUCUCAACGUAAGUACACGCCUCUAGUUGACAUCUACAGCUUAGGUAUAAUUACCUUCGAAAUGGUCCAUGGACCUUUCAACACAAAAACUGAGCGGUAUUUUGUGCUCGAGAGUCUGCGAAAACCUGAAAUCAAGAUACCAGAUGAUGUAUUUAGUGGGGACAAGUUUUCUGAACUGGAAGUUUUAGUCCGCAAAAUGCUGAGUCACGACUUGACAGUGCGUCCUAAGGCGAGCGAGCUAUCCCAGAAUGAUAUCCUCCCUCCUCGACUCGCUCAGCAGGGUCUCCAAGAGAUCUUACGGCACAUAAACUCAGAACACGGUUCCCAGCGGCGGGACCAGUUUAUAGACUGUCUCUUUAGCAAGGAUAUCGCUAAUGGUGGCUUUCUUCAGUACGACCUCUACGAUGAACCGGACACCAAGAAUCAUGAUAGUCAGUUCACACGUGCAAUGAACGAUAUUAUCGAGAGAAUGAUGCCGGUGUUCCACAAGCAUGGAGCAGUUCAGUGCCCUCUUCCCUUCCUCCUCCCCAAAUGUGACCUGACUGAUCAGCAGGACCGUCCCUACAACUUCCUGUCCAAGUCAGGGGCAUUACAGGUGCUCCCCUGUAGUUUAAAGCUCAACUUAGCUAAACAUGUCCUCAAGAACAAUACCCGUGACUUGAAGAGGUACGGUUUUACGCAGGUUUUCCGGAGGAGGGUUGAAAAAAUGAAGAAACCGGAUCCGAACCCAAACCCUCGCGAUAUUUUGGAGGGUAGUUUUGAUAUCAUCUCGUCUGGCUCGCAUAUCGUCGCAAAGGCUGAAGUGUUACUGACUCUUCUUGACGUUUUGAAGGCAAUACCCGAAUUUAAAACAUCCAACAUAACAAUUUAUGUAAAUCACACCAAGAUUAUGAGAGCGAUUUUAUUGUUUUAUAAAAUUGACGAGAUUUAUCAUAAUGAGAUUUUGAAGUACAUCUACGAUUUUUAUCAAAACUACUCAAAGUUAGAAGAGGCCCUGAAGAGCUAUUCUAAACUCAAUUCAUUGAACGAGAGACAAGUUUCAAGUUUUCUAACUUUAUUGAAGUGCGAAGGUCCGAUAGAUUUAAUCCACAAGCGCACAGACCGUGAUACGAACCUCAUACUGUACAAAUCUGGUCGGAGGAUUGGAAACUUGUUUAAAGAAGGUCUGAAGGAAAUCAUUCAAGUUUUACUGCUGGUUACUUCGUCUGAUUUGAACGAGACUGAAGAGAUUCUGGACCCAGAGAGAAAGUUCAGUGAACUAGCCGAGAAGUUGUCUCUAUCUGAGUCCUACAAGACGGAUCUGUCUAAAAUGGUAAAGUUCCGAGCAGGGGUGAGUAAUGAUCCGAACUGUUACUCUAACUUCAUGUUUAAAGUAGUGCUGCAGAGUUCGGAUAGUAGGCGAGCAGAUACUAUUGCAGUUGGGGGAGACUUCACAGAGCUGCUAGAGCAGUGGCAGUCUGUAAACUGCAACCACGGCUGGGAGGAGACUCCUCUACCUUCUGCUUUUGGGGUGGACUUUCUACUGGAGGACAUGGCUAACAUUUUCAAAACCCCUGAUAAAACGAAAGUGUUGAUAGUUUCUGAUACCCAAGAUAGUGACUCUGUUCAGAUAUUUUUGUUCAUGAAGUCUUUGUGGGAGCGGGGGAUCAGGGCAGAACUGUCAUUUCCUGAUGACAAAUCAGUAUCACAUGCAUAUCACGUGGUCACAUUCGCCAAAGAUCACAUCACCAUCGACUCAGACAAAGCUUACAUCAAGAGUCUGGGAUUGAAAGAGGAAAAGAAAUUCAAAACCCUUAAAAUUGAUGAAGCUUUAAAGUAUUUGAUUGAAGUUGAAUCAAAGUGUGAUCAAGUUGAAGCUAUCAAGAAACAGAAAGUAUUUGAGAGUCAGUCGUCUAGACAAGACGUCAACGUUUAGAUUCUAUUCAAUCACAGUAAAUCACCAUGUUGUGUUUUGUAUUUAAGGAGUAAUGUGAAACAGUAUGUGAGUAAUUUUUAUUAUUUAUUGAGUCCCGGGUGGAGAAUGUUUUCUUUAGUAAAAUUAUUGUUUUUGGCAUUCGUAUAUUUUACUUUUAUUAUACUCCUUAUUAUAGGUUUAACCAGUCCUCCAAAAUCUUUGGGAUAAGAUUAAAGAUUAUUUUCACGAUUUUAAAUUGUUUACUAUAAAAUACGUAGAAUAAAUGAUGAAUUUAUUACAUAAAACUUUCAUGAAGUUUAGAGAUAGAUUUAGGUAUGAUAUAAUAUGGUAGUUACUCUUAUGAUAUAUUUAAUUGUAGUACUCUUAGUCUUCUGUACAAUUAUAAAGUUAUAUUAUAUUAUUGACGUAUUAUUCUUACAUUUUAUUCUAACUUUUGUCUCUUAGGUAAUGUAUUUUAUUUUAGUAUUGAAUUUAAUGAAUAGAUUUCAUUGUGAAGAUGAUUAAAUUAGUUUAAAUAAUAUUUUCAUUGUUCAUAGAUAUUACUUUUCUCGAAUUGCUUUAUUGAUCAACACAACAUAAUCAUAAAAGUGUCUUAGACUCAAUCAUUUCAAGUUAAAAUAUUUUCUCUAGAUGAUAUAAUAUUAUGUAGUUAUGUCGUGUCUAGAUCUUCCAUUAUUUACUAAUAUGUACUAAUACUAUGCAUUAUAAUUUGUUUUGUAGUGAAGUUGAUCUCUGGUAUGUUUGCAUUGUAACUGAUGUUUUGACACAUCAAUCAACUUACAGUAAAUCUUCUAAAUAUCUGAGUGUGCGCCAAAAGGUUUUAAAUUCAUUAUUUUACACAAAUGUAGUAAUUUUGUUCAGUAAAUAUUGUGUAAUGAUAUUUGAUAGGUUUUUAAGCA